AUGAAGGCACUGGAUCGAGCGCCUGCUAAAAAGUUGGAUAUUUUGAUUCAUGCAAUUCACAACGGCGAUGAAAGCAUGAUAAUUGACAACCGCAAACGACUAGGUUACCAGCUGCGAAUGUUCACAGCUCGUUGCUUUCCUCCAAAACCAAGCAACAAAGCCAAGCCUCUUACUGCAGGUUGCUCCCCACCCCGGCCAAGUGGCUCUUCUGAGCCUGACUAUGGAAAUCUCCACUCUGAAUCAGCAAGUCAGAUUUUGCAAUCAUUCAUCGGAGCAAGUGGCAGCAGCCAAAUCUCUGUUCCUAAGGAGGAGCCCGACAUGGAUCAUGACGAGAUUUUGCAAUCAUUCAUUGGAGCAAGUGGCAGCAACCAAAUCUCUGUUCCUAAAGAGGAGCCUGACAUGGAUCAUGACGAGGUUGGAUUGCUAUAUAUUUCGCUAUUCCACGCAAUACCGCCUUGAAA